UGUCUCUUUUCCCUAUAAAUCCCUGCCGUCUUCCCCUCAACCCUUCUCCCUUUCUCCCACUUCUCAAAUCUGAACCCUUGUUCUCUUUCACUCUAUCCAAACCACAAACAUGCAAGUUCCACUGAUCGACAGGAUCAACGAUCUCCAAGUGGGUCUCAACUCUCUGCAAAACCCAUCUUUUCCUUCCCAGAUCACAACGUCCCUCGCCUCGGUUUCCAUCGCUUACAAUUUCUGCAAAUGGGGGGCAGUAAUUCUCGCCCUAGUGGCCACCUUCGGCAGCAUAAUCAACAGAGUCACCAUCCUCAUCAUACGCCUACGCAGCAAAGCGCCUUCUCUUCCCUCCCUGGUCGACGACGACGACGUUUUCACCUCUGACGACGACGACGACGACUACCAAAACGACGACGACGACCUAACCUACUCUUCGUCCGAGCCCGAAGACGAACCCUCAGCCUCUUCCAGUUUCAUCUGCUUAGACAACUAUUUCCGAGUCAGAGGAACCGCCAAUAAUAAUAAUAAUAGUAGUAGUUUAGACGACGAGUUUAGGAACCAAAACGGCAUGCACAAACGACGUCGUAGCAUCGGGGAUAUUUUCUCGCUCGCCGAGCUCGCCAAUAGUAAGAGCGUGGUGAAGCUCUGGGACAGCAUAGGCUUCGGGCUGGGGUUGGAUUUCGAUGAUUACGAGGACGGCGUCGUUUCGGGGAGUCACGCGCCGCCGCCGGCGGCUAGCUCCACGACGUCGCCUGCGGUGGUUGUGUCGGCCGGGGAAGGCGUGUGCGGGAACCUGGCAGUCGAGAUUUGGGACACGCGCCUGCGGCGGCGGAAGCCGACGGUGGUGGCGGAGUGGGGGCCCACCGUGGCAAAGACUCUGCGCGUGGAGUCUGGCGGUGUCCAGAAGGUGUACGUAAGAGAUGACGGACGUUACGCUGUGAUGGUCGGGGACAUGAGAAAGGUCAGCACGCCGUUAGGUAAUGUAACGGAAUCUGACGCGGAUACUUGGUGGGAUGCGGACGCAAUUGUUGUUUCGGACGAGUCUUUUGGUGAACAGCAACCAACUUGAAUAAUUGCAUUGCAAUUUCUUUUUCGAUGCUCCACUGGAAAUAUAAUAAUAAAAUUGAAAAUGUUGUAAAAAAAAUAAUAAUAAAAAAGGCGCCACCAACAUCCGAGAUUUUCUUUAGAGAAAUUGUUUAUUUGUAUUAUUCAAUUUAAAGUUUAUAAUUGUAAAUUAAUAAAUUAGUUUCUUCAUUAUUAUGUGUA